GCGACUGGAUCGCAUUGAAUCACUAGAAUUAAUUCUUCGUGAUUGGAUUGCUGGUGGUAUCAUACUUUCGUUUCUGUAUCCAUAUAUUUCAUCCGAACUUCUUGAAAUUUCCGUUCAUUUCAUUGGAAACUGUCUCAGCUGAGAAGUUUAUCUUUACAUACCUACUUAUACAAUAUUGCAAGCUUGAGAUCGAUCCCUCAAUUGGAAAGGAAAAUGGUGUCGGUGGCAGAUUUAGUCACGAAAUUGCAUUCUAAUAUUGAUGAAAUUCACAAGACUAUCGCUUUAAUUAGCGACACUUCGAACCAUGAUGCGGAAAUUACACGAUUAGAAAGAGAUCGCGAUGAACAGCUUCAGCAAUUGAAGAUGGCUCAUGAGAUUGCGACGAAAGAAGGAGAGGAUGCACGACUUAAACAGGAACAAGAGAUCCAGGAACAAAUUCAGAGAGAGGAAGACGAGAUAACAGCGAGAAGGAAACGUGAAGACGAGGAGAGAAAAUUGAGAAUCGAGAACGCAGUGAAAGAGAGAGAAAAGGUAAGGCAAGAGGAGGAAGAGAAGAGGAAGGCCGAAUUCCAAAGCCAACAUAAAGAAGUUGAAGAUGGAAUCGAUGAAAAAAUGGAAAGAUUGGAGGAUGAGUUAGAGCAACAAAUGAUAGAUGGGCAAAAAGCUUUGGAAUCUUUAGAUUCCGCGAGAAGGGAAAUCAACAGACAGAUUGACGAGCAACUUAAUAUUCCGACUGUACUACCUAAGAUCCAAUACAAGAGCCGCAGAAAGGUUGUACUGAAUAAUCAAAAGUCGGAUUUAUUAUCAGACAAUCAGAACAGCAAGGGCACUGAGGAGGAUGCGGAAAAAAAUCCGAUUACAAACGAAGAUUUAGGUCGUGAUGUGAACGAGCACAAAGAUGAAGAUCCCCAGGAAAAUGUAGCUGAUACUAAGGACAGUGAAAAAGACCUUGUGGUAGAGCCAACAAAAGACUUAGAAGUUCAACCAGAUUCCUCAUUCUCAAGGGAGGUUGUUCCCCAAGAGCAAGUGGCGCAAUCAUCAAAUAUUGAGAACAAUGGUGAAUCCUCACAGCCUAUCGAAGAAACUCCUGGCUUAGUUCCUGAGGAGCAGCACAUGGAGCUUGAGGAGGUACAUCAAGUUGAUCAGCAACUCGGAGUUGAUAACAUUACUCCAGGUAGUCAGAAUCAUUCUGAGCAAGAACCAUUAGAGCCUGUAGAAGAAAUGGCCAAGGAGAUUGAUGACGCGCCUGAGCCUUCCCAGGAGGAUACAUCCACUAGCGCUGAUACCCCAAAGGAAACAAUUGACUUGACUCGGUCAAUUGAUAUUCCACAAAACGAGACCAGCGACAAUCUAAAGCAGGACCAUGUAUCUCAAGAACCGGAAAUCACAAAGGAUCUCAUCGGAGAGAGCCAAUCAACAGAAACUCCUCACGGCGAAGAACACGACUAUUCAAAGCAAGACAGCAGUCUGGCAGAGGCACCCAAAGAAGCCGAGACCGUUCAAGUGCUUGAUCCACACGAAUCUCCGGAAGACAGAGCAGCCAGAGAAGAAAUAGCUAAGCUGAACGAGGAGAUCCGACGUGCUAUGGAGGAGGAAGCAAAUGAAGCAAUGGUUCCUCAGCUGGAAGCCAAGAAUGUUUCUCCGACUGCGCAAACUACAGAAUUGGAAGCGCCACAUGUUCAAGAACCUGUUGAGACAGGGCAUUCUGCAAGUGAAAACGAGUCAGAGGAUAAAGACCUUCCGAAAGAAGAUACUUUACCUCAAGACGACGGCACACCAGUCGUCGAAGCCCCCGAUAUUCAGAUUGAAAAUGAUGACUCUGAACCAAAGACAAUUCCCGAGACAGUCGAAGUUGACAGCGCCCCAAAAGAUCAAAUUAUCUCUGAGAACAAUGAAUCCGAAAAUGAAAACGCAGAAUCUCUCGAACCAGAAGUGCAAGUAAAUGGUAUAACACACGAUCCAGUCCAGAUCGAAACCCCAGAGCAACUUUUAGAUGAGGAGCCUUCAUUAGAGGAACCAUCAAAUCACGAUCCCCCACUUGAGAAUCAUGAAGCAUCACAGAAUGAGACAUUAGCUGUCGAUGAACAUCCAAACGAAGCUCAACACAGCACAGUUUAUGAGAUGCCCCUGAGCUUGAAGAACAAGGAAAUCUUAGCUCCUGUGCCUGACGAAGAGUCUGACACUGCCAUCAAUGAUCAGGGUGACUCGGAGAUAGAUAAUGAGGAUGAUUCGAUGCCCAAGGAUUCUGUGAUCCUAGACAUUCAAGAAGAUGCGAACCAAGCAUCAAUUGAAGAGAAGAAAAUUCACGAUGACCCAGAACUGGUCCACGAUAACGAGUCGAACGUUCUAAAGGAAUCUAUGGAAGAAGCCAUUGAAACAACACUUCCUGAUCCAGCCGAUGCAGAGGCUGAUCAACUAGAUGAGACUCCGGAGAUAACUCCUGAUGACUCGGAGUCUGCCAAUAAAAGUGAAAAUGUCGCACCUGAGGAACCUGAAUCUAAGGCAAUUUUAACACCUCUGCCAGAUCCAGUAGAAUCAGAGAGCGCUCAGCUCAAUGAGGAACCAGCACUAGAGUCUGAGUUCUUGUCAAGCGAUCUACCAGAAGUUGGCAAAGACGAAGUGGAACCUAUUGAACCUAUAAAGGCUGAAGAUUCUAUCUCCGAACCUAUGCCUAGUUUGAUCCAGGAUGCACAGCUCAAUGUGACCGAGCAAGAUAUUGCUGGUGGAGAGUCCACAGAUACCAAGGCAUUAGAACACGUGAAUGAAUCUAAAGUCGAGGACGUAAAUCCAGACCAAGAUCACAAUGAGCAAAUUAAAGAGUCUGAAAAGGGCUUUGAAGAUGCUGCAAGUAUGGAUUUAAAGCCUGAAGAUACCGAGAAUUCUGAAAGCGGACAUGCUCUCGAAAAACAUGAAAGAUCGCCAUCUGUCUCAUCCGAAGUAGAGGAGACGAGAAGCAUCUCAAAUGAAUAUUUUCUACACUCAGAGCCCACCCCGGAUGUGAUAUUACCAGACAUCGAAGGCCAUGAGGAUUUUGAAACUCAUGUGUUACCCACCGAUCUUGAAUCUGCUAGCAAGGACAAUGAUGUUAUCGAUGAAGCUACUGUUCUGCCGCAAGAGGAGCAUCAUGCCGAAGAUACUGAUAUUGAUUCUCCUGCAAAUCCUCCAACCGAUACCAAUACAAAUCACGAAAUGGAGCUAUCUGAAACUCAUGAUAUCGUUUCGAAUGACACCCCCGAAAAGACUGAGAUAGCUGCUGAGCCGGCUAUUACGAUUCCCGAACAAAUCCAAGACGCGGUUGAGUCUCCUGAUAUUGGUACACGUGAUCUGAACGUGCCAGUAGAAGACGACAGAGCGGUAGAUGAGAAACAGGUUGAAGAAGCUCCUAUUAGUGAUACGAAUGAGAUCUCGGGGACCGUUGAUCCUGUUCAAUUACCAGGUCACAUCAAGUACCAAAUUGAUGAGCCAGCUGCUGUUCAGCAAGAGAAUAGCAAUGCACCAGAGAGUGAGCCCGCUACCAAGGAACAGGGAACUAUCUCUGAAGUAUCACUUCCUGGCAUUGAGAACAAAGACCUAAAGAUCGACCAAGAGAGUGAAGAACCACUGGUAGUGGCUGAUAGUACAGAUCAAGUACGAAUAAUGGAGGAAGCAGCCGCAUCUGGCCCUCAAGAGUUCGAAGGCACGGGAGAAGCAACUUUAAAUUUGGACGUUGGGUCACCACUGCCUUCGCCGACAAUUCAAAAGACUGCCAUUGACGAUGAUGAAAGUCUCCACUCAGGUGACAUGAUUCAAGAAGAAAAUCAUAUCGAUUCAAAGGAAAUGAGCCACGAACAUCCUGAAGUUGGGGAAACUUCUGUCUCUCACAAGAUUGAAAGCGUGGAACCAACAACAUUAAGUCAAUCGACUCCUGAAGAUAUUCAAACGCCGGAACAAGUUGUUGAGACUGAGCCAUUGACUUCGGAAAAUGAGGCACCUAUACAUCAAGAAGUCAAGGAAGUCCUAGAGCAGACAAAUAAUGAUUCUACACUGGAGACUCAAGAACACCCUGAAGACAAGGAACUUCCUACCACUUCUAGCGAGGAGCCAGUGCAAGAGAUGCUUCAUCUUGCCGAUGAAAUACCAUUGAAAGAAAGCAUAGCAGAACCCGAAAGCCAACAAGAUAUAAGUUCCGCGCCUCAGACCAUUACCUCGGUGCCAGAGACAUCUGCUCUAGAAAGCUCGAAUGGCGAAGCAUCUGUACUGCCGCUCGAGGUAAAACAAAUGAAUGCCGAGAGAGACGAUGAUAAUGAUAAGGGCAGCGUAAAUGACGAAAGUGUCGAUCCUGUUCAUGAAGAAAGAGAGAUCGACGAGGCACAAGACCAUCACAUUGAAAAGCCUAGAGAAACUGGGCAUCCUAUCAAUCUCGAGACAGAAGAUGAGUCACACCCAAGCCCAAACAACUCGGCGAAUUCUGAAGCGAUCCACGACGAACUAUUCUCUCAAGAAAGCGAACAGCCUGCUGCCAUCGAAUCGGAAUCAAUCAACACUGAGCCAAAAGUGGAAGAAACUAAACCAGAUAUCCAACCUCAACCUCAACAAGCACCACACGAAGACCCUGAAGAUGUUCGUGCUAGAGAGGAGAUUGCUCGUUUGAACGCAGAGUUUAUGAAAGCUGUAGAGGAAGAACAAGCCACUGAACAAGAGAAUAAACCUGUUGAUAUGAGCACAGAGAAUAAUGGCAAUGAUUUGGACAAAAGCGAAAUUGUUGAAGCAGAGCAAGAGAGACCAAGAAGAGAGAGUGCCGAAGAUACCGCAGCAAGAGAAGAAAUUGCUUUGCUAAAUGAGCAAAUGAAACUGCUUAGUCAACAACAAGAGAAUGGGGACAAAUCUGCUGAUGUUGAGGGUGAAAAAGAAAAGAGCCAUGUUGUUGCUGAACAUGAACCCCAAAAACUCGAACCUAAAGAGCCAUCGGAUACCCUAAACGAAAAACCCCAAAGUGCAGAACACAAGGAAGAAGAAGAUUUCCACACCGCACUCAUUCAGCAAGAUGAGCAUCUAAACCCUUUCGAACACCCAGAUGCAGUUUUGAGUGAUGAACAAAGUGUCGAGUCAGCCACUGAAGAGCCAAGUGAGGAAGUUACCGCUUUACAGUAUGAGCAUGAAGAUCACAAUCCAGAAGACUCGGACUCAGAUGGUGAAAAGACCGAACAAGGCGAGGAAACAGAACCUUAUUCUGGAAGUGAAGAUGAAUGGGAUGAAUCUGGGGAAGAUGAGGAGGGACCGCUUCCUUAUCUUGAGACUAUCCGGGAAGAAUCACAUGAUGGUGCCUCUCGUGUCGGCGAAGAUCACGAGGAUGACGACGAGGAGGAGGAAGGAGACAUGCCAAAGAGUAGAUUCUUCCAUCCACAUUGGCAGUAUGAGGACUCUGUUGAUGAUAAUGGGUUGAAAGAACAAAGAGAAAACGAUUUAGUAGUAUCAAAGUCAGAAAAUCCAUCUAUCAAGGAAAUCUCAACAGAAAUCCUUCCAGACGAGCUUGACCAUCCAAGCGGAUCCAAUCUUGAGGUUUCCGAUUUUGAGUCGAGGAAAAGACCACAGACACCAAUGGCACUGAUGUUUGGCUCCGAUGUCAAAGAAAAGGAGUCGCCUCACGAAGUCAGUGGCACAGAUAAAUUAGUCGAUGGUAUUCCAGAAGCACCAAUUGAAAACGCGACCGUUUCUAAUGCUACGGACCUACCACGGGUGUUAGAGCCAAGUCCUGAGAUUGAGGAAAAUCGUGAAAAGUCCGAGCCCGUGGAAGAGGAAGACCUUGUGGAGAAUAACAACCUCACUCCCAAACCUAAACCUCGACGUCCAGCAUCGUUGUAUCACCGAAACAGUGAUUUAAGUCCAGAGCAUGAAGCAGUAUUCUCGAGAGUUUCACAGAUCCGAAGCAGUCUGACCCCUUCACCGGAACCACAUCAGUCACCUAUAUUGAGUCCUAGGUCAAGAUCUGAGAGAUUUCCACCAGAUGAACACCGAAAUUACUUAGAUGCCUCUAUCAACAACGCCUAUAAUGGAUGGGGAUAUUCCCAAGACGGUGAGCAGCAACCAGAUUACAGAACUCAAUUGAACAACGACAAUGGUCGUAACCGCUCCCAUACAGUUGAUACAGUUCCAUCAUUUGAACAUUAUGCAUCAGAUGAUGGUGAGUCAGGUCCUGCAACUCCACCUCAACAACCUCAAUACUCUGAUCCUGUAUCUCAACAACCACACAUUAGUCAGAUGAUGACAACGGAAUUUGAGUCAUCUGAAGGAUGGCCACAUCCUAAUGAUGAUACCCAGGACGAUUCUGCAAACCAAGAACAAAACCUUGAUGAAAUUAUCAAAUCUCCUAAUCUACAGGAUGCUGCAGAAUUUGACACCUUCAACCCACAAGAAUACAAAUCUCCUAAUCUACAAGAUGCUGUUGAAUUUGACCCUUUCAAUCCGCAAGAAUACAAAUCUCCAAUUCCAAGCCCUGCACAUUCAUCUUCCUUUAACGUAAGUAACGUACACGUGGAUCAAGAAUAUCCUCCAGUUCUAGCACCAAAUCCACCAUCACUUAUUCCUCCUGAGAAGAUCUUGAGUUCCAAUGCACCUGCAUCAACGCCAAUAUUCACGGCUCAAACUCCCACCCAGACCGAAGAAAAAUCAACUUCUCAACUACCACCAAACCUCCAUUCCGUUCCUUGGACACAAUCAGAAGAUCCCUACAAAGCAGCGACCCCGGAAAAAGAAACCGCAUCUCCACAACGUAAUCCAAGACCUGUUAGUUCUAUCUUUGCUAGAACACGCUCUCUAUUUGAAGCAGGACCAGCCGAUUCAAGUCCACCUCCUAAACAGAGACCGCUCUCCGGAAUGAGUAUUUUCAAUGUUGGUUCACCGAGUCGUUCGAAUACGCCGGUUCAAACCAGACCACAUAGUCUUUCGGUCUCGAGUCUGAGAAGCAGGAGUGAGAGUUUGUCAAAGCGAUCGAGUUUGAGUUUUGGGGAAAACGCGAACUCUAAGGUGGAUGCAAAUGUGAAUACAAAUGCUAACGCCAAGGUCAAUGCCACUGCCAAAGAUGACUAUGAUCCAGACACAGACGCAGACUUCCUGCCAAAGAGUUUAGACGGCGAUGGAAGAUCACCUAGUCCGGCCUUUGGAUUACCGGGGCAUAGGAGUAGUGGAAGUUUUGAUAGGGGAAAGCUAUAUGGAGAUGAAGAUGACCCCUAUUUUACGAAUAGCGGGGAGAAGGGAAGUGCGGGAUGGAUGGGGGGUUCGGGAGUAGGGAGUAUGAAAGGUGCGGAGAGAGAGCCUCUCUUGAAGGAUGGGAAUUGACUUGUUCACCCUGUAUCUUUAAGGAAACAAAAGGGUUUUAGAAGGUCUAGAAAAAUGAAAUGGAGAGCUGGUAGAAGGCCAAGGAAAGUGGUGGAGAAGGGGAAGGAUGAGGUCGAGAAGAGAACAGAGGGGAUGGGAGAGAGGGGAAUUGCGAAGGGACAAUACAAAUUAGCGUUUGUGUGGGUAGAAGGAUGGAGGGAAAGAUUGAAGAGAACGAGCGGUUUGGUGGAUAAAGUGAGGGAGGAGGGAAAGUAUGAGGGGGAGGUAACGAAGAUUGAUGUAGACUGGUUGGAAGAGGGGGUGGGGAGGAUGGGGACUUAGUAAUUCAGAGCGAGGAUAUGGAGUAAGCGAGGAUUUUGACUUGGAAAGGGGUUUGGAUCACUAAGAUAGUGGGAGAGAUUGGAAAGGGGAGUCUGGUUUGAAGAGGAGUUUGGGAGUGUAUUGUAGAUCUAUGCAUGUUCAUUUAUGCAUAUCCUCUAUUUUGGGCCUUUAAAGUAGCUAUUCUGUUUUGUAUGAUAUUCAAUCGAUUAAUCUUAUGAGUUCAAUUUUCA